AGGACUUUACUCGCAGGCUUUACAAACUGCAGACACUCUGCUGUCUCCAAACUGCCUAGGGAGAGAUGUGCUGAAGUGUCGGAAUGAAACUCCAGCUUCUCUUGAUCUCCUUCUUCUGUCUUCUUUCCAAGGUGUAUGCUCAGCGCUGCCAAACUCCAUGCUAUUGCCCUUGGCUCCCUCCUCGUUGCCCUCCUGGCUCCUCCUUAGUCCUGGAUGGAUGUGGCUGCUGCAACAUAUGUGCCCGCAGGCUAGGGGAGGCCUGCAACUACCUUCACGUGUGUGAUCAGAGCCACGGGCUUACCUGCGACUACAGCAACGUCCCAAUGGGGGGAGGAGGAAUCUGCAAUUAUGAGGAAGACGAAGAUGACAACUGUGAAGUGAAUGGGAAAAUCUAUCGGGAUGGGGAAGUGUUCCAGCCCUCCUGUAAGCUUCAGUGCCGCUGUUCAGGAGGUGGUUUUACGUGUGUCCCCCUUUGCAGUGAGGACGUUCGCUUGCCCACUCCGGAUUGCCCCCAUCCAAAGCGCGUGGAGAUCUCAGGAAAGUGUUGUCAAGAAUGGAUUUGUGAAAGUCAAGAUAGACAGAUGUCGCAGGAUGCCUUGGCAGCUCAAAGGCUGCCUGGGAUAGCAUCAAUGGCUUUCCCCUACCGAUGUGAAGAGUGGAGCACAGAGUGGUCUGUCUGUUCUACCAGCUGUGGCGUUGGAAUUUCCACACGAGUGUCUAACCGGAACCCGUACUGCAGACUUGAAACUCAGAAGCGUUUCUGCAUCCUUGGGCCUUGCCAGGCUCUCAUGGGAGGAGGUAGCAUGAGAGGAAGAGGAAGCCGCUUGUAAACUGGUCCAUUCCAUUCAGAAGUCGAUAUACUGGCUUUAACCCAGCAACUGGAUCACAACAAGCCCAAGCUGCUCCCGUCUCUGAGUUGACAAGAGAACUGUCUGGGAACAGAGAGAAGAGCAGACGAGCCUUAGCUGGGAGGAAUAAGAAAACGAAAGAGCACCGCCUAAUCGUAGCUGACGUCUGCCUUCCUCCUUGAUUCCUCUGCAAUUACGCUAGACAGUGUUAUCAUUCAGUGAGAAAAACCAGACCAUAUGUUUUCGUACUGUACCAUACUGAUGUGUUUAUUGCCAGCUUGUGGCCUCUACCACAAAUCUGUCCAUUGGGGAAAUGAUGCUUUGCAGCUACAGUAAUUCAGGGAAAUGUGUCCCGCUAUUACUGAAUUAUCUCUUCAGUGAAGAAUAGUUCUGGAGACCUGGCAGUCACACAUUGUCCAAAGUAGGUUGUUGUUGUUGUUGUU